GAGAGAGAGAGAGAUACAGCAGCAGCAGGAGGAGGAGAGAUAGAGGUAGAGAGGUAGAGAGAGUCGGUCCUCGGUCACGGAGCGGUCGGUGUUACUCAGCGAGCUGAGAGUCAGAGCGAGCCCGAGAGAGAGACGCUGAUCUGCGGUCAGUCAUGUCGGCGGCGGCGGUGUUGUUGAGCUGUGCGGCGGCGGCGGUGCUGCUGGUGGUCGCGGCCCCGGGCGGAGCGGCUGCGGCGGCGGCGGCGGAGAGGACCGGAGGUAGCGGCGGGAUCUCCUUCGAGUACCACCGCUACGAGGAGCUGCGGAAGGCGCUGGUGGCCGUGUGGCUGCAGUGCCCGUCCAUCAGCCGCAUCUACACGGUGGGGGAGAGCAGCGAGGGCCGCGAGCUGCUGGUGCUGGAGAUCAGCGACAACCCGGGGGUGCACGAGCCCGGUGAGCCGGAGUUUAAGUACAUCGGGAACAUGCACGGGAACGAAGCCGUGGGCAGGGAGCUGCUGAUCUACCUGGCCCAGUACCUGUGUAACGAGUACCAGCAGGGCAACGACACCAUCAUCAACUUGAUCCACUCCACGCGCAUCCACAUCAUGCCCUCCAUGAACCCCGACGGCUUUGAGAAAGCCGCCUCUCAGUCUGGGGAGAUGAAGGACUGGUUCGUGGGUCGCACCAACGCUCAGGGUAUCGACCUGAACCGCAACUUUCCUGACCUGGACCGCAUCGUCUACAUGAACGAGCGAGAGGGAGGAGCCAACAACCACCUGCUGAAAAACAUGAAGAAAGCAGUGGAUGAAAACACCAAGCUCGCCCCCGAGACGAAGGCGGUGAUUCACUGGAUCAUGGACAUUCCGUUCGUGUUGUCCGCCAACCUUCACGGAGGAGACGUGGUGGCCAACUACCCGUACGAUGAAACCCGCAGUGGCUCCACCCAUGAGUACAGUGCCAGCCCUGACGACAUGGUGUUUAAGAGUUUGGCCAAGGCGUACUCCGUCUACAACCCUGUGAUGUCGGACCCCAAGAGGGCGCCCUGCCGCAAGAAUGACGACGACUCCAGUUUUAAAGAGGGUAUCACUAACGGAGGGGCCUGGUACAGCGUGCCUGGAGGCAUGCAGGACUUCAACUAUCUGAGCAGUAACUGUUUCGAGAUCACGCUGGAGCUGAGCUGCGACAAGUUUCCUCCAGAGAACACCCUCAAAAUGUACUGGGACCAGAACCGCAACUCCCUCAUCAACUACUUAGAGCAGGUUCAUCGUGGAGUUGCAGGUUUUGUUCGUGACCUUCAGGGCAAUCCCAUCUCCAAUGCCUCUGUUUCUGUGGAGGGCAUCGACCAUGAUUUAACCACAGCUAAGGAUGGUGAUUACUGGCGUUUAUUGACUCCCGGGAACUACAAAGUUUCUGCUUCGGCUCCUGGAUAUCUGACUGUAAUCAAGAAAGUGGCCGUCUCCAGCACCACUGCUACUCGGCUGGAUUUUGAGUUGGAGUCUCUGGAGGAGCGGAAGGAGGAGGAGAAGGAGGAGCUUAUGGAUUGGUGGAAGAUGAUGUCGGAGACGCUCAACUUCUAAAACAGCCAAAACAGCCGCAACUGUCAGGUCCUGAUGGGCGGAGGACCUCACGAGCAUCCUGGGUUUAAAAUAUUUCAUCGUCAUCAUCGUCGUUGUUGUUGUUGUUGUUGUUGUGUGUGUGCUGACCCACUUUUUAGCUUAUGUUUUGAGGGCACUACAUCUGGACGGUUGGAAUAUUAUGAAUAUUAUGCAUACGGAUAUUAAUAAUAUAUGUCAUGGACUGUGACAGUUAAUGCUUACGAAAAUAAGAUCUUGCUUACAAAGUUUCUGGGCAGAAUCGGUAAUCUGGGGACGUUAGCAUUUUUAUAAUGGGUAUAUGAAGUCUGAUUGUAGCGCCCUCCAACGAAAACAGCGAGUGAUGUCUUAUCAAUGGGUUCAUUUUUCAGCAGAUAUUGACACAUCUGAAACUCAAAUCUAGCUUACGUAGGUAUUGUUGCUAUACAACGUUAAUUCUAUACAUUUACAAUUGUCCACUAUCUGCGUACGUGUCCUCAUAAACACACAAAGACAAACACAUAAACACACAAACACACGUACGCAGGUAGUGAAUAACGUUAAUUUGCUAAUGGUGUGAUAUAAUUGAUAUAACUGGUCUAGCUUUACGUUCUUUUUUUUUAGCCACGUGCUCAGCAUUAUCGUUAUCGUGAGGUGUUUUCGUAGCCACGCCCACCUCCUAUUCCUCCUACACCAAUCACAACAAACCAACCAACCAGAAAGCACUGUGUCGUGAACGAAUGUACGUACGUCCGCGUCCGCAUCGAAUCAUAUCGAUCACUACAGAUUGCGAUUAUGAUUGUGACCAAUCACGACUGAAUCCAGUGUAGUAUGUGGAAGCCUCUGAAAACUGAAGAUAUAUUUAUGCUUUUCGUCUCCUUUCUGUUGAAGCACUGUCCUGUGUAACUUAAUGUUUUAUUUUUGACGUUUAUUUGCUAUUUCGAAAGGAGUCGCGUCGGCGAGUCGCGUCUCAUAUCUAGUUUGAAUGAAUUUCUUGAAUAUUUAAGCUGAUUGUGAGGAAUGCUGAAGAGGUUCGUCAGUAAAAACUCUUUCACUUUAUUAUUAGAACUCUAUAGGAACCUAAGUAAUUAUUAAAUAUUAUAGUUCUAAGCUUGUAUUAUUAUUGUAUGUUCUGAUUAUUGUAAGUUACACUAUGAAUUUAAAACAUUUGCCAUGGCACAAAUUUGUGCAGGACGGUUAUUUCUGUAAAGAUAACGAGAUAUAUACUGUAGAGCGAUGAGUAGGAUUUUGUAAACUAUACCAAAAUGCACAACUCUUUACACUGCAAAAUAAAAUAAAAAUAUUAUUUGAAUAAGCAAAAUCCUCUUAAUUAUAGUGUAAAUAUCAAUAAAUAUCUCAUUUUGAGAUUAUUAUUAUUAUUAUUAUUAUUAUUAUUAUUAUUACUGUUAUUAUUAUUAAAGUAACUUAUUUCUAACUUACCUGUACUUGUUUUAAUGCAUAAUGCAGAUAAUUUUGCAUAAUUUUAACUUAUAAUGCAAAUAUACUGGAUUUACAUUGUUUAAUGUGUAUUACUGUGUAUUAUCAAAAUAGAAUACAAAAUUUGUACUUGUUUUAAGAAAUAUGAAUAACAUGAAUUAAUGCAGAAUUGUUUGCUUGUUUAAAAUUCUGCAAACAGUUUUCAUAUUAAAAAAAAAAAACAAAGUGGAAAUUUAUUUUAAUAGUUUAAAAAAAUUGUGACAAAAUUGAUUGUUCUGGAAAAUAAUUAGCUUGUUUUUUACAGUUCUUAAGAAAGAAUGCUGAACAUGUAGCAUAUUUAAGAAAUAAUGCAGGUAAUAUUUGGUAUUUCGAUAUAUAAUACAGAAAAUCUACUGAAAUGUUUAAGCAUUGUAUUAACAUGUAGUUUUGUUUAUCAAAACAUUUCUUGAAACAAGCAUUUCAAAUUAUCUGCCAAUGAAAUUAGAUUGUUUUUAGUAAAUAAAGUUGCAUAAAACAAGUAAUAGAAGUUAGAAAUAAGCUAAAUUAACUUAGAAAGCAGUAUAAUCAGGAAAAAAGGAGACAUUUCAGAUAUUUAAACUACAUUUUGGAGAAUUUAGCUUGUUAAUAUAUCAUUUAUUUCAGUGUAUUUAUUGAACGCUCUGUAAUAUACCGAUCUCGCACCUGUAAUCUGUACAUGUUUACCCUUCCACUAUAUACUGUAUGUUUCAUUAACAGGAGAGAAGUAUAUAUUUAAAGCUACACAAAACAAAAAGCACACCCCUCUGCAUUACAUUAACACCUACAGCAGUGCAUAGGUCCCCACUUUGCACUGGUCCCUGUACUGUAGGUGUAAAUAUAAGGCCUGGGUUUUUACAGUUUAGCAACACUACACACAAAUGCACAUGUAUAUGCAUACACACACAAACACACACAAACACACACACACACACACACACAUCUCCUGAAGUAUUAAUGAAGUCAUAAAUCUACUGAAACCUGGAAACGCUUCAGUACCUGUCUCCCAUACAGAGCUUUAAGAGAAGAUUCAGUCAUAUCAGAGUUUAACCCAAAGCCAUAACUCUAAAUAUGAUUUCAAUAAAACAAUGCUUCUGUUUCUCUUUCUGAAAUUUCAGUGGUAUGUCCUGUAUAUGAAUGUAAUGAUUAUUUCAACUCAAUUCUGCAGAUCACAAAAUAAACUUCCCUUUUCUGUUGUCA